UCGCUUUCCUCACACGAAUAUUCGUACACAGAGGAGGAAGAGAGAGAGAGAGAGAGAGCGAUAAUGGCGUCUAACGGCUUCGCGAUGCUACCGAUCCUUGUGUUAGCUCUCUUCGCUUCGUCUAUUAGAAGCGAAGAGACGGAGACGAAGGAGUUCGUCUUGACUCUCGAUCACUCCAACUUCACCGAUACCAUCAACAAGCACGACUUCAUCGUCGUCGAGUUCUACGCCCCUUGGUGUGGCCACUGCAAGAGUCUUGCUCCUGAGUAUGAGAAGGCUGCAGCAGAGCUGAGCAGCCAAAGCCCUCCCAUCUUCCUCGCCAAGAUUGAUGCUAGCGAGGAGUCUAACAAAGGGAUUGCGAACGAGUACAAGAUCCAGGGCUUCCCAACAAUCAAGAUUCUGAGGAAGGGAGGGAAGUCGGUUCAAGAUUACAACGGACCUCGUGAAGCUGCGGGUAUUGUAACUUAUGUGAAGAAGCAGAGUGGGCCUGCUUCUGCUGAGAUUAAGUCGGCUGAUGGUGCUGCUGAGGUUAUUGGUGAGAAGAGUGUUGUUGCUGUUGGUGUGUUCCCUAAGUUAUCCGGUGAGGAGUUUGAUUCUUUCAUGGCCGUUGCUGAGAAGUUGCGCGCUGACUAUGAUUUCGCACAUACUUUGGAUGCCAAGCUUCUUCCUCGUGGAGAUUCAUCUGUGGCGGGACCUGUUGUGAGGCUAUUCAAGCCUUUCGAUGAACUGUUUGUCGAUUCCAAGGAUUUCAAUGGGGAAGCUCUGGAGAAGUUUGUCAAAGAAUCAAGCAUUCCUCUUGUUACCGUCUUCGACAAAGAUCCAAGCAACCACCCAUAUGUUUCUAAGUUCUUUGACAGCCCUGCCACUAAGGUAAUGAUGUUCGUUAACUUCACUGGAGAAACAGCUGAAUCUCUAAAAUCAAAGUUCCGUGAAGUUGCUACAUCCUCCAAAGGACAAGAUCUUGCCUUCCUUGUUGGUGAUGCCGAGAGCAGCCAAGGCGCUUUGCAGUACUUUGGACUCGAAGAGAGCCAAGUUCCCCUCAUCAUCAUCCAAACUUCUGACAGCAAGAAGUAUCUUAAAGCUAACGUUGUGGUUGACCAGAUUGAAUCAUGGAUGAAGGACUUCAAGGACGGGAAAGUUGCCGCCCACAAAAAAUCUCAGCCUAUCCCAGCUGAGAACAACGAGCCAGUGAAGGUUGUUGUGGCUGAGAGCCUUGACGACAUGGUUUUCAACUCUGGAAAGAAUGUCUUGAUUGAAUUCUACGCACCAUGGUGUGGACACUGCCAAAAGCUUGCUCCCAUCUUGGACGAAGUGGCUUUGGCGUUCCAGAACGACCCAAGUGUCAUCGUAGCAAAACUAGACGCAACCGCGAAUGAUAUCCCAAGCGAUACCUUUGAUGUGAAAGGCUUCCCAACGAUUUACUUCAGAUCUGCAGAUGGAAAGGUGGUAGUGUACGAAGGAAGCAGGACAAAGGAAGACUUCAUAAGCUUCAUUGAGAAGAACAAGCCAGCUUCUCAUGGUGAAGAGUCUUCUACUUCUACUACUAUUAGGAGUGGAGAACACAAGACUGAGGAAUCGGCCGCAAAGGACGAGCUGUAAAAGCCUUUGUUUUUCUUUUCUUUUCUUUUUUGCUUUUAUCUCUUUCUGACAUUUGAACUUAAUGUUACCCGGUAAUAAAAGCUUCGAUCAAAUAAAAAAGCCUAUUAAUCAUC